ACGCAUGCUUUUGUGUAUUUCCGUUUCAGUGAAAUAGUGUUUGAAUAUUUAACAGCUGUUUGGGAUCAGACGGAAUUUAGCAUUCUUUCAAUUAUUUGUACUGAUGUGAAGUGUUAAAAUAUUCAAUUGAUGCCAUUAACUCCACAAGUGUGCUGAUCCGGAUGUGAAGAGAUAUAAAUGCAAUUGAGUUCGUUACACAAAUGAUUAUAGCAUCGAGAGUGCGUGUAUGGAUUUUCCAAUAAAUGGUGUUACGUGAUCAGAAUAAAUACAUUACAGAGAUGGUUACCUACAAUAGUGAAGUCUAUCGUUUCACAGAACAUUGACCGUGGUACAAAAUGCCUGAGAAGGGAGAGAUGCAGUCAUCAGCUGAUCAUAAAACACCUGCGGAAAACGAAGUGAAACCACCAAAGCUCGAUUCGAUGAUGGAAACUUCCGUGGGUUCGGAACUAUUAUUUCCUUGUGAUGAUGAGAAAAAGAAAAUGAAAAUCAAUGAGCUACGAAGGCUAGUCGAAAACUGUGAUGACUUUGUACGUCGAAGUGAUGAUCUGUUUCUUUGUCGGUUCUUGAAUUGCUGUGAUUGGGACGUGCAGGAAGCGUUCCAGCGAAUGGCUAAGCUGUUCAAACUGAAGCACGAACACCCAAAUUGGUUCAUCGAUAGGCCGAUAGCUAAUUACCAAGAACUGCUGAACCGGAACAUAAAAUUCGUCUUGGACAAACGGGAUAAAAACGGUCGGCGUAUCUUUGUCAGCAAAAUGUGCAAUAUCGAUAUCAAUGUAACGGCUGCCACCGAUUUAGCCCAUCUGGAUGAGUUGUGGUGCGAGUUCAUGUUGAAUGAUUUGAAAACCCAAGAAAACGGAAUUUCCUGCUUAAUCGAUAUGAGUGGAUUGUCGAUCAAGAGUCUGGGUUAUCUUACUCCUUCCAACAUAAGAGUGGCAACGCAGAAAAUGGAUCUCCUACCGGUUAAAAAUAUGGAAUUUUACGUCAUCAAUUCAUCCAUGUUCCUUAACGCUGCCGUUGCAAUCCUAUAUCCAAUGUUAAGUAAGCAUAUCAAAGAUCGGGUUCACUUUCAUUAUUCGGAUUGGGACUCACUACAUGCUCAUCUAGGAAAGGAGGCUCUUCCGGCCAUAUAUGGUGGAACACAUGGGAAGGAUUUCAACUACGAGAUGCUGAUCAAACAGUUGUUAGAUUUAGAAGAGCACUACGACAGUUUACUGAGGUUCGGUUUCGAACUCAAACCGCAUGUGGACUCAACCAAAUACACUAAGUUGUUUCAAAACAUCGAUAAGAUGAAAUCUGGUAAAAGGAAAAGUAAAAGUAAAAAAGAAGUUGAGCUUGUUGUUGAGUGAAUAGAUUUUGGAUACCAAGCAAAGCCAGGGUAUAGGACAAUUAAAUGUCAAGUGUUCCUACUACCACUGACACACAUGCCAAGUUAGGACUCGAACAUAUGGCAACUGGCUUACGAGACCAAAGCCUUAUACUGUGUACUGUCAAUCCAAUUAUUAUUAUAUUGAUUAUUGUAAUUACUUUAUUAUAAUUGUUUUUUUAAACACAAAUAAUAAUUAUUGUAAAUAUUAAUUGUAAUAAAUCUUAGGUUCACAAUCGGCUAGAAGCUUUAUUUCAUCAAUCGUUUUCUCCAGAGCAAUCAAAAUGCAGUUUUCUGUGAUUUAAUAGGCGAAAUUACGAAAUUCUGUGUAUUAUCGAACAAUUCAUUCAAAUCCUUUGUGAUUUCCGGAAUAAUGCUUAUAAUAUCGUCCAUCUGACAAAAAAAAACACACACAUAUACACAAAAUAUUAUAAAAACUUCAUUAAGCUAAAAGAUAAAACUUACUGUAGACAAUAAAUACCCAAUUAUAGAAAGAAGUGGUUCCUUUGUACAAUUAGUUAUGCUCUGCAUGAUUUUUAUUGACUUUUGUCCAAGAGAAUCAAUAUAUUGAAAUACCUCCGAAAAUUUUCUCUGCAAUCGAUCAUCAGAGUCGCUGUAACAUUUUUCAGUGUUUGAGAUAUAACUACUUAUGAUUGGUUCUAACUGUUUGCCGCAUUCCACUAAUUUGGAUACUUUAUCAAUUUCCACAGCAAGUUUCUCAAAGGAUUUUUCCACAACUUCCUUUAAAUUUUUAGUUCCAUUAUCGAACAAUGAGCUAAUUUCACGGCGAGUUCUAUCUAUGAGUUCAGAAACUGUAUUUUUGAGUUCCUCGAUUUUUUUCAAAAGGUUCGUAUCGAACAAUGCUCUUGACUCUCUCUGGGUUGAGUUUGAUUCGAUCGACGGAAG